AUGGGUUCACGACCUACAGCGCGGUGCUGCCGAGCAGUUCAGCAACAGAUUCGGGCGCCAUUGGACAACAACAACAACAACAACAACAUAUGGAUCACGGACGGCGUUCUUUCGAGCGCCUUUGAGCGGUACUGUCAUGUAUCGCGUCUUUCGCGUCGACAAUCGAGCUCUCUCCCCGGCCCGUUGGAGAGUGGGAAGCGGGUGGGCAAGAGGAAGAUGACAGACCUACACCUGGACCAUCAGUCGGCUUUGCCUCCAUGGUCCAUCGAAUUUCCCAUGGAUCUGAGUAAAUGGACGUGGCAGCCACCAACUCUUCGUGGAUCGAGAGAGAAGAAGGUUAUGCAGGACCAGCAACCUCAGUCGAUACUAUCAAGAGUUGCGGCGUGGAUAAGUGAGAAAGAGGAGCUCGAGCCCACGGUAGCGCUUAUGCGAAAGCUUUCUGAAGCUCGAUCGAUUGUUGCUAAUUCUGCACCGGAAAAGAUCGAUCCGAGCUUCUACAACUUUAUCUGGAUCCUUCGACAGGACAUUGAGUUGGGCGUUCUUGAUCCCGAGGCGGUAGCCAUGGCUGUUUCAACCUUUCCUCAGUCCCUGACAACGUUGGUCGACACGGGGACUGAUCGAAAGCUUGUCGACACUGCCAUUCGCAAGUUCCUUUCGGCCGUUGUCAAGGGGAUCGCGUCCUCCAAGGUCUAUGACCCGUCGAAGUUUCAAGCGAGCUUCUGGGAUAACCUAUUGAGGCAAGCAUCACAGAUUCCCGGACAUGACGGGACCCUUCGUCUGCUUCAAGCCACCCUCCGAGUGGUUCCGAUUGACUACGUUGACAAUAUCCACGAGGCCAUUGUUGCGGCAGUGCAAAGACUAGUCGUAUCCCCGUCGACGAGGCGUACGCGGGCCGCGGACAUUGGCUUUGCGCUCCGCGAACUAUCGCCCGAGAAGCAUGACGCACUAAUCCGCAAGAUAGAAGCCGCCAUAUACGAAGGUUCGGCAACUUUGAAAGAAGACGUUCGCCAGAGCGUCCAUUUUCUUUGGUUGCAUGUCUUGGCGCACCUGCCGCUGGUGAACCAGAACUACCUCGUCGACGCUUGCGUCAGAUCGGCUUACUUCGAUCGGAGCUUAGUAGGGCUCGUCGGCCGAGACCUCUGCAAACUUUUGCUUCAGCAAUGGGAUAGCCACGGGUACCUGCAACGCCACGGACAGGUUAGAGAAUCGUGGCAUUCGUUUUCCGCCACCCAACCAGAGCUCAGUCUCGCUGGAUUGGUUGUCAGUGUUGGUUACAACGGGCCCACUGUGAACAGUGCAUGGUUCACGAUGAGCCUCCUAAAGAUGUUGCGCCGAUUGGAACGCCAAGACGACCUCAUUGCUUCAAUGGAAAGCUUCUGCAAGGCUACAGGUUGGCUGCCCGUCCACCCGUUCAAGCUUGUGGCCACAGUAAGCCAAGAUCAUCGUCUGGCUCUUACCAUACUUUUCGUCAUGGAACGUUAUGCAUCUUUCAAGAAAGGCAAGCCACGCCACUUCGGGAGCUGGGAAGAGUUGCGCCAGAAAUCACGACGAAUCCGGAAGAUUCAAUACGCAUGGGAUUGGACGCACUGGACGCAGUAUGUGGAGGCCAUUAUCAAGGACGAGGAGAUUCCGCCGAUCCACGCGUGGAAAGCGGUUAUGUCUGGUGCCAUCGGAGACGUCGUCGACGACGACCAGUCAAAAGCAUUGACUACGCUGAGGUACCGUACCAGGGACCGUUUGAACGAAGUCGAGAUAGAGGAUCGAAAAGAGCUCAGGAAGAGAAGGACACGACUGUACAGAGACAUGACUGUCUGGUUCUCGCAGGCCGAACAUCUCCGCGCCAGGGUUGCAAAGCGACACGUGGAUCGUUGCAUUGGAUGGCUCCAAGCACACCACGUGAAGCUGUCGCACCGGGAAAUCAUGGCAUGUAUGUCGAUUGCCACGCGGGAUCUAAAGAGAGGCGAGCCUGGACGGACGGACCGCAUUCGAUGGGUGUUGAAACUCAUAGAGGAGAACCAAGGAGCUUCACAGAGCCUAAAGGCGGCUCAAGAACUUCAACGCUGGAGGGAAACGAACAUUAAGCUGAUGCAAGCGCGAGAAGAAGUUGCCGGCGGUUCUGGAAUAACAGGGCCCCGUUAG